AUGGCGCUGAGAAUGUUCGUUUAUGCCUCGCAAACCUCGCAGUUCACCUCUGUUUCCAAGGCCUUUGCUGACGGCUACACAUCGUCGACGGGCGAUCCAGUCGGCGUCCUGCAAGCCGAGUUCAACGAGUUCUCCGACAAGGCGGUGUACGAGUAUUGGCUUAAGGCCUUUGGCUCGCCGGACAUCAUUCCGCUGUACAAUGGGGCCGGCAAGCAGGAGUUCAUCGACUCGGGCGCGUUCCUCGACCUCACGGACCUGUGGGAGAAGCACGGCUUUGCCGAGGACACGGUGCCGGCGGCGCUCGACUAUGUGACGGGCAGGGACGGAAAGCGGUACGGCGUACCGACGAUGGCGACGGGCAAUUUGUGCAAUUAUCGCAAGUCGGUCUUUGCCGCCCACGACGUCGUGCCACCGACGACCUGGUCGGAGCUCCUUGCGGCCUGCGAGGUAUUCAAGGCGGCGGGCAUGAAGUGCUUGGGCACGGAUCUGUUUUCGAUUCCCACGUCACAAUACUUUGACUCGCUUGCGAUCCGGAUGCACGGCGACGCGUUCUACGAGCAGUUCUUUAUGGCCAACAUCACGUUGGAGGACCCGCGGAUCCGGGCUGUCUUUGACGAGCUCGUUCCACUCUUUGACGCCGGCUUUCUCUCGCGCAAGGAUUCUGCGACGUAUGGACUCGAGAUGACGUGGGCGCUUGACUUUGCGCUCGAUCCCAAUGCUACGGCGAUUUACUGUGGCUUUGACUCGCUCGCCGGUGUGGUACUGAGCGCCGGAGUGAGCGACGCCGAUGUAGGCGCGUUCAGGUUCCCUGCGUAUGACGGGACGCGCGGGACGGCGUCGCCGACCGAGGCCAACAACGGAGUUCUCUCGGUCUUUGUGGCUUUUGCCUCGCCUAUCUCGUCGGCGUUCCAUGAUCGCUCGCGCGCCAUCCUCGACUAUAUCGGCAAUGCGACGACGCAGAAGGAGGUUCUCACGGGUCGGUCUGGAGUUUACCCUCUUCGGCCGUCGCUCACGGAAGUCAUGACGUCGAGCCGGACCCGGCUGGCGUACGACACUAUGCUGGAAGCGGAGCACGCGUUUGAGCGGUCGGGCAUGGCGGCGUUUGGCUACCCGGAGCUCCUUGCACGGUGGCAGAAGUUUAUCUUCACGCUAUAUGGGCAAAAGACGUCUGCUGACGCGACGGCAUUGAUCGACGCCGAGCUGCCGCAGCUCGAGGCUGUGCGGCUGUCGGCGGUACUGAAACAGGCGUCGACGCCUGUGGCGAACCCGUCGUCGGGCUCGUUUAGCGAGCCGAUCUCGGUCGAGCUGACGACGCUCACGCCGGGCGCGGUCAUCCACUACACCAUUGAUGGAAGCCAGCCGAACGUGGCGUCACCUGUCUACACCGGAUCGGUCAACAUUGCCCUGUCGGGUGUGACCGAGCUGCGUGCCAUUGCCGCCGCGCCAGAGCUCUCCAACUCGAACGUGAUGGUGUCGUCGUACCAGAUUACGUUGGCGGUGCUCAACGCUGAGUCGACCGACAACAAGCGGCUGCUCGCCAUUCUUCUCCCCGUCUUUCUGGGCAUUUGCUGCAUCGCCUCGAUCAUUGGCUACGUUGUGUACCGGCGCAAGUCGGUGACGUACAAGCUGAGCUCGGACUCGGACCUUGUCAUUCCUGAGAAAGAGCUGACGGUGGGCAAGGCGGUGGGCGCCGGCUCGUACGGUACUGUGUAUGCCGGCAAGUGGCGCUCGACGGCGGUGGCGGUGAAGCGGACGCGGACCAAGGAGAUGAGCCCGGCCCAGCUCCGCGAGUUUGUGGACGAAGCAAGCAUGCUGCUUCGGCUGCGGCACUCGAACGUGGUCAUCUUUAUGGGCAUCACCCUCGAGCCGCCGUCGCUGGUCACCGAGUUUAUGGACCGCGGCUCGAUGUAUGAGGUCCUGCACUCGCCUGACCUUUUCCUCGACUCGUCGAUUCUCUUGAAGUGGGCGCACAACAUCACGCAAGGUCUGCAGUACCUCUCCCAUGCUGGCGUGGUCCACGGCGACUUUAAGUCGCUCAACGUGCUGUUUGACAACAACUGGGUGCCCAAAAAUUUGUGA